CUUACUUACAGGCAUACAAUGAUCAACUCCACACAGACACUGCGCUGCUGAAUGGACAAUUAUCGCGAAUGACACAACUUCUUGGAAGCGCAGAUCACCCUUCAUUCUAACUCAUGGUCUUCAUCCAUCUAAGCAAAAUCAGCACAAAGGCCUUACAGGAGCACACAAGAGCCAAGCACAGAGUAUGAGAAUCUGGUUGGGUACCCAAGGCCCAUAAGGCAACCGACGUUCCGAGAUGUGCAACACACAGCCCCCAGUUUUACUGUAAGGAUGAUCUCUGCUAUUUGUGCAAGCGCACUCCGUAAUGGGUUCUUAAAUGCGCCCGCUUCGCCAUCUACGUUACGGUUCUACACUCGAGGAGUUCAGCAAGAAGCUGCUCAACCUAAUUUUCUCCAACAGUUCCUGUUUACGUUCGGGAUGCUCAAGCGCUAGCAUUUGAAAUAACCUCUGCAGUACGAAGAUGUUUGAAAUGACUCGAGGCAGUCCCUCAGCAUCAAAGCUGAACAGUCGGCCACACAGCCCAGUGUCGCCACUGGAAGAGAAUGCGCGACAUGUACCAAAGGAUGGAGAAGGUCCAUACUAUUCGAGUGUUCCACUUCAUGACAAUGGACGGGCGUUACAGACAACAUCAGAUGGCAUCGAAACGGGCUUCGAGUUGUCAACCUUCGGAGAUGUCUGGUAUAUCGAGAUUCUUAGUCUGAUUGCUUCGGUUGCAGCGUUUGGCGCCCUCAUAGCUCUUCUCGCCGUCUACGAUGGCAAAGAGCAGCCAGAUUGGACAAAUAUCUCUCUCAAUACGGCGAUCUCAUUCCUUAGCAUGAUAUCUAAAGGGUUGCUUCUCAUCCCAGUCAGCCGUGCGCUGGGACAACUGAAGUGGAGCUGGGUUGAGGAGAAGUCCCGUCCCCUUAGCGGACUUAGAACUUUCGAUUUGGCCAGUCGAGGCGUUAUUGGAUGCUUUGAUUUGAUAGGCUUGACCAAAGGCUUGCAUCUCUCGACACUUGGGUGCCUCGCUGUGAUAUUAGCUUUGGGUUUCGACCCAUUCGUCCAGAAUUUGGUGCGAUACUACCCAAAGAGUGUGCCCGAUGCAACACAACAGGCACGCGUCGCAAACGCUUCAUUGUUCGACUCGGUUGGCACACUUGUAGGCGACGGAGUCCAAAACAUCAAUCCUUCGGUCAAGGCAAACAUCUACAAUUCGAUUCUAAACGUAGAUCCAUCGGAGCCAUGGUCAAUACCCCAGUACACAUGUACUACUGGUAACUGCACAUUCCCGCCACUCGUUACCCUUGUCGCCCGGCCACGUUGCGAGGACAUCAGUUCCAUGCUGAAAAUGGAAUGUGGACAUUUGUCAAACCCGAACAACUGCAGUAUUGGCAUAGAGGAAGGAGUUUCAAUGAAUUUUGUGUCUGCCGGAGGCACACAUAUGAACAUCAGUUCUGUUCGAAACCCUCGGAUAUACGACACGGACGCACUGCUGAACCUUUUCCCUGUUUUCCAAUACGUAAUGGCUCAAGACGAUGGACUUUUACAAAACCGGAACUAUUCCCUCAGUAAUACCACCACGAAAUUUGUUGCAACUGAAUGUGUACUGGAAUUCUGUGCACAAAAGGUACAAGACUCUGUGUCGGAGUCCAGGUACCAACAAACUGCACUCAACGAGCCCUGGUGCGAGUACAAUAUGACUGGAUCUCCGUCCCCGCAUGUCACAAUCAAUCCACCGUGGGCACCACCGGGAUAUACUUCGAAGCAUACUGUCGAGUACAGGAAGGGGAAAGAAUGGGUGAAAGAGGAGUUUGAACUGCAAUUCGGCUUGGAACAGUUGGCAUUUCUCUCUUUGAAGCAAUACUUAGCAGGGAUUUUCUCUGGCUGGGUUAUGGGCAUCGCCGGAGCCCUUGAUUAUCGUCCCGUGGAUCCACCUUCGUUCACCCAAGCAAAAGUCGGGGCUGCCGCGGAUGUGAUUGAGGCUGUCUUCCUCGGAAACAUAUCAGGCUGCGGCCAUUCCGACGAUCAUCUCACCUGCGCUAUGAACAACGUGGGCAAAGCGAUCACGAAAUCCUUCCGUGAUAAUGCCUACAUUGCCAACGGCGCAGAGAAUGCUGACAUGACUGGCGGUGAAACAAUGGUUGUAGCAACCUUUGUACGCAUCGAAUGGGUUUGGCUCAUACUACCUGCAAUUGUGCUCGCGGCCGGAGUUGUGUUCUUCUUCGCUGUUAUCCUUGUAACACAUCGCGCUGCUCUGCCAUUGUGGGGAAACAAUAUAUUACCGCUCCUAUUCCUACUCCGGGAAACGAAAGAAAACGACAAAGUCCCCAUGCAUGGAACGACGAACGUGGCGUACUGGCAUAAAGCUCGCCAGUACAUGGUUCACCUAGAGCAUGAUAAAGAUAGUGCUCGACUAUCUUAGACUUGGUCCUCAUUAUUGCCCAUUCGGAAGCUGCAGUAGAGCACGCUCAACACAUGAAUUGGGCUUGGGAAGCUAGAGUAGAACUAGAUAUCCUCACCCAUAGACGACUGACGAAUAAUGAUUAAACAUUAUAUG